GUGACCCCUCUGCCAUUUGACGUUAAUGAGACUGCGCAAUAAUAUCAUCAUGGGGAGUUAACGCUCACGGAAUGACUAUUAUGUCAGCUUUUUAUAUUUUGUGAAUUGUCGUAUUAUAUGCACCACAGUCAACCGCUUUAGCAGUACUUUGUUUUGUUUUUUUCGGGGAGCCAUGCGGCGGAGUAAGACUGAAGUGGACCGGUACGUUUCCUCCGUACAGAGCUCCUCUCCCUCCCUCAAAGAGAAGCCAGUCAAAGGAUUUUUAUUUGCAAAGCUGUACUUUGAAGCAAAAGAGUAUGAACUUGCAAAAAGACAUGUAUCAGAGUAUCUCAAAGUCCAAGAGAGGGAUCCCAAAGCACACAAAUUCCUUGGACAGCUCUAUGAGAGAGAGGGAGACAUCAACAAGGCAGUAGGAUGUUACAAGCGAUCAGUGGACUUGAACCCGGCCCAGAGGGAUCUGGUGCUGAAGGUGGCUGAGUUACUGGUCAGUAAGGAGGAAUGUGACAGCAGAGCUGAGUUUUGGGUGGAGAAGGCUGCCAAGCUGCUGCCGGGAAACCCUGCAGUCUUUAACCUGAAGGAGCGUCUGUUGAAUCGUCAAGGUCAACAGGGUUGGAACCGACUCUUUGACCUCCUUCAGGCCGAGCUUGCAGCACGGCCAGCUGACGCACAUGUGAACGUGAAGCUGGUUCAGCUGUUCUGUCAGGACAGUCGGCUGGAUGAGGCUGUUAAGCAUUGCCUGGCCGCUGAGAGAAAGGGCAUGCUUCGCAACAGUCUGGACUGGUACACUGUGGUGGUGCACACACUGCAGGAGUAUCUGGCUCAGCCAAGUAUUGCCAGCAAUGAGAAGAUGUGUCGGCGUCUCCAGAGAGAGCUGCUAUUGGCUCACUGCAACCUGCUGAGAAUCACACUGUCUGGGAGUGACGUGCAGCCCAGCAUUGAUGCCCUCAGAAGUUUUGACCAAGCUAUGCAGACAGUGAGCAGCGUUGCAGGCCGCCACACAGACGAACUUUGUGAGGUGUUUGUGGAGAUGCGCGGUCACCUCUAUUUGCAUGCUGCUGCGUUAUUGUUGAAGCUGCCUCAGGAUCGGCAGAAGACCUGGAGGGACGUCAUUGACCUGGCUGCACUAUGCUACCUGCUGGCAUACCAGGUCCCCAGACCAAAGAAUAAAGUGACCAAAAGAGACCAGUCAGCGCCACAGCUACUGGAGCUGCUGGCAAGCGACCGACUGAGUCAAGCCGGCCACAUGCUGCUCAAUCUGAGCACUGAUGCAUCCACCUUGAUCAGAGAGGUGGUUGAGGCGUUUGGGAACCGUAGCGGUCAGAACUCUCUGCUUGAUCUCCUGUUUGGACAGCAGGCCUCUACUGGAUCUUCCUUUAUUGCCAAUGAUGACAUUCGUUCCAUUAACGCACUGACUCCACAGAUCUCUCAGCUGGCUGAGUGGGACGCAGGCUCCAUCCUGCUGCAUGGUGGUGACUUGCAGCAUCUGAGCUGGCUGGGGCUGCAGUGGACACUUCUGGCACAGAGACCAGCCCUGCGGGAUUGGCUACAGCAACUCUUUCCAAGGCUUACCCUGGAAACCUCCAAACUGGACACGAAUGCACCAGAGUCAAUCUGCCUGCUGGAUUUGGAGGUGUUUAUAUGUGGUGUGGUGUUCUGUAGCCAUUGUCAGCUCCAGGAGACGGCGAAGAUCAGCAGCGGAAUAAACCAGCAGCAGCAACAGCAGCUCUACGAGCCUCGCUGCCUCCCCCUCCCUCUCCUCCGCCUCUUGACCACCGACAGACAGAGGGAGUGGUGGGACGCCAUCUACAGCCUCAUUCACCAACGAGCUGCUCCUGGCAUGUCAGCAAAAUUGCGAAUGAUUGUGCAACAUGGACUGAACACUCUGAGGGCUGGAGAGAAACAUGGACUCCAACCAGCAUUGGCUAUCCACUGGGCUCAAUGUCUCAGCCAAACGGGUGAUGGAGUGAACUCGUACUAUGACCAGAAGGAGUACAUCAACCGCAGUGUUCACUACUGGAAAGUUGUCCUUCCACUGUUGGACAAAAUAAAAAACAGACGCAGUAUACCCGAACCCCUUGACCCACUCUUCUUACACUUUCCCUCCAAAGAUAUUCAGAUCUCAUGUGUGAAGGGAUAUGAAGAGGAAGCCAAAAUCACGUAUGCAGUUUUCCUUGACAUUGAAGGCAAGACAGAGGAGGCCAUCGCUACCUUGGAAACUAUCAAUAACAUGUCGUCCAUCUGGCAUCUGGCUCAGAUCUACCAGCGGCUGUCAGAGGAGGCCAGCAAUGGGGUUGAGGAGACCCAAGACAGGUGCAUCACUUUCCUGAGGAAGUUCAGGACCUACCUGUCCAAGAUCUACAAUGCCAAUGCAGAUGACAUUGAGAAGUUGCCUGUGUCCAUGGAGGAAGUUUUGGACCUCCUGAAUGAUGUGAACCAACAGCUGGGGGACGAUGGGGAGGACAUGGAUGAAGAGGAAGAGAAAGAGGACAUGGGUCGAAGAGGACCAGCCCACUCCAGCCCUGCUCAUCCCACAGAAACCAGUGCCACCAUAUCCCACAUCAAAUUUUCCACUCUCUCCCCUAACAAAAGCAUUGUCUCUCCUUCCAAAAGACACCUGAUUUCCCCGAAGACCCCACCUCAUUGGGUGGAGGACCAGAAAAGUCUCCUCCAGAUGCUGUGUCAGCAAGUUGAAGCUCUCAAGAAUGAGGUUCAUGAUCUGAGACACAACUCUUCAGGGAAUGCAGGCUCUCCUCAUCACAAGAUGUAUGGGGAGAGUUACGGAGCUGAGGGCUUACAGGACACUUUCACGCCAGUCCAGUCCUACCAUGGGGCCCCUCUAACAGUUGCCACCACAGGCCCCUCUGUGUACUACAAUCAAUCUCCAGCAUAUAACUCACAGUAUCUCCUGCGCACGGCAGCAAAUGUAACCCCCACCAAGGGCCCAAUGUAUGGUAUGAACCGUAUGCCACCUCAGCAGCAUAUGUAUGCCUACCAGCAGCCCACACAUACACCUCCAUUGCAGACAGCCCCGGCCUGCAUUUACCCUCCUCAAGAACAGGUCUUUGGUGCCCCUCUUCGAUUUGAAUCACCAGCCACUAGCCUUCUUUCCCCAUAUAGUGAAGAAUAUUAUGGCCAGAGUGUAUCCCAACAAACCACCAACCCUCCCUUACCUGAACCUGGCUACUUCACCAAACCCUCUGUAGCCCCUGUUCAGCCACCAAAGAGCAUCGCGGGGAAGCCUAUGGAAUUUGGGAAGCUCUCAUUCAGCCAGCAGGCACCUGCUGAAGUUCCCAAAGUGCCUAGUUUUGGAGCAAGCACAGUUGCCCAGUCAACACCUUCAGCUGCAUUUAAAUUUAACUCCAACUUUAAAUCCAAUGAUGGAGAUUUCACUUUCUCGGCUUCUCAGGCCAAGCAUAGUGAAAGUUUGCUUGGUCUUCUUACGUCAGACAUUCCCACUAAAACAGAUACUGUUCCAGAGAAGCCCAUAGCUCAAGAGCAGCCCCCCAGCCAAACGGGCAUCUUCACCUUUGGCAAUAAAAAUUCUAAUGGCUUCUCCUUUGCUGAUGCAGCACAGAGCACAAAUACCGGAAGUCUGUUUGGAAAUGUGGAGCAGCCAUUUAAAUUUGGGGAUGUUACCAAGCCAGUGUUUGGGAUAGCCAAGGCUACUGCAGAAGAGGAAAGGGCGGUAGAUAGCGACAAUGACAGCACGCAUGUUGAGGAGGAUGAAGAUGGUCCUCACUUUGAACCCAUUGUACCCCUUCCGGACAAAGUAGAUGUGAAAACAGGUGAGGAAGAAGAGGAGGAGAUGUUUUGCAAUAGAGCAAAGCUGUAUCGAUUUGACACAGAGACAAAAGAAUGGAAGGAGCGGGGCAUUGGCAACGUUAAAAUCCUAAAACACAGCACUAAAGGGAAGGUUCGCCUCUUGAUGAGAAGAGAACAGGUCCUUAAGAUCUGUGCCAAUCAUUACAUCAAUGCUGAUAUGCUACUGAAACCGAAUGCUGGCUCUGACAAAUCCUGGGUCUGGAAUGCCAUUGAUUAUGCAGACGAAGAGCCUAAGCCUGAGCAACUAGCCAUCCGCUUCAAAACCGUAGAUGAGGCAUCACUUUUCAAAGCCAAGUUUGAGGAAGCUCAGAAAAUUGUGUUGAGAUCGUCAGAGAAGCAUGAUCAACAGGAGAAGAAAGAGGAAAGCUUAAAAACCUCUGAUUCAUUGGCCGCACAGUUUGCACUGAAAGAAGGGGAAUGGGACUGUACUGUGUGCUGUGUAAGAAAUAAAUCCAAGGAUAUGCAGUGUGUUGCUUGUCAAAGUGCCAAUCCUAAUUCUUCAUCAAAACCAGACAUUCAGGCUGCAAGUGAAACCAAAGGCAGUCCCUUUACUUUCAAAUUUGGGACUGAUGCAUCAAAACCUAGUAGUUCUGGCUCUCCAUUUACUGGAUUUGGUGCUUUUGGAGCUUCCAUACCCCCUUCAUUUACGUUUGGCACAAGCACCUCAAAACCUGCUGACACAGUAACCAGUGCCUUUAGUGCUGGCUUUGGGGCUCAGUUUGGCAAGAAGCCAGGGCAGUGGGACUGUGGCACAUGCUCUGUAACAAAUGAGGCCUCUGCAGACAGUUGUGUUUCUUGUAAAGCUCUGAAAGUUUCACCUAAAACAACUGCCACAGCACAAGUGGCACCAGCUGCAACUGCACCUGUAGUUAAGCCCUCAGAUGUUGUUGACUCUGGGUUUGGUGCCCAGUUUAGCAAGAAGCCAGGGCAGUGGGACUGUGAUGUAUGUGAAGUAAGAAAUGAAGCUUCAUCUGGCAAAUGUGUCGCCUGUGGCACUCCCAACCCUACUGCUAAAUCAAAAGAGGGUGCUCCAGUUGAGUCCACUCUGUCAACAGUGUCAGUUUUGUCAGGAAUUGUGCCUGAUUUUGCAAAGAAGGAUGAAAAGUGGGACUGCAGUUCCUGCCUGGUCAGAAAUGAUGCAUCAGCUGCUGAAUGUUUUUCUUGCCACACCCCUCGUGAAACCCCCUCUUUAGAAGCCAUGUUUGCCAAGAAGGAUGGAGAAUGGGACUGUGAUAUGUGUCUGGUGAGAAAUGACGCUUCUGCCAAUAAGUGUGUGGCCUGUCAGACGCCAAAUCCCAAUGCCAAAAGCAUAACCAGCGCUGCUCCUUCAGCUUCCUCCUUUAGCUUUACCUUUGGAACGAAGAGUUCAUCAAGCCAGCCUGCUGGAACUGGAUUUACAAUGCCUUUUGCAGCAGGCAGCACUUUCCAGUUUGGGCAAAACAAAGAUAACAGUUCAGCUGCUUCUUUCAAGUUUGAGGCUCCUCAGUCUGGAUCUAGUACCACAAGUUCUUCAGGCUUCUCUUUCUCAAUGCCCAUUCCAUCUGAUGGCUUCAAGUUUGGCAUUCAGGACACUGCAAAAGAAACUCCCUCAACUGAUAAUGAGACAACCCCAUCAGGGCCAGCUUCUAGUUUUCUUAAAAGCAUAGCUGACAAACACAAGGAGAAAGUAGAUGCAUCCACACCUUUAGUAGGCCAAACAGAGCAAGAUCAAAAUCCAUUAAUUUCUGGGAAAACUGAUUCAUUCAGUUUUGCAGAUCUGGCACAAUCCUCUGGAGGAGACUUCCAGUUUGGCCAGACCGACCCCGAAUUCAAAGGUUUCUCUGGGGCUGGUGAGCAGGUGUUCUCAUCCUUCCAGGCAACGCCCACCAAGACAGAUGCCCCAAAUGAGGUGGAGGAAGACGGCAUGUAUAAAACCGAGGAAAAUGAUGAUAUCCAGUUUGAGCCAGUGGUCCAGAUGCCUGACAAGGUGGACCUGGUGACAGGGGAGGAGGAUGAGCAGGUUCUUUAUUCUCAGCGUGUCAAACUGUUCAGAUUUGAUUCUAACACCAGUCAGUGGAAAGAGCGUGGUGUAGGAAUCCUUAAAUUCCUAAAAAACACCACUAAUGGCAGGCUAAGGGUGCUGAUGAGAAGAGAGCAAGUUCUGAAGGUUUGUGCCAACCACUGGAUUACCACCACUAUGAAUCUUAAGCCGCUGGCGGGCUCAGACAAGGCAUGGAUUUGGAUGGCCAAUGAUUUCUCUGAUGGGGAUGCUAAACCAGAGCAGUUGGCUGCCAAAUUUAAAACCCCAGAGCUUGCUGAGGAAUUUAAGGAAAAGUUUGAAGAGUGUCAAAGACUUCUCUUAGACAUCCCCCUACAAACACCGCACAAGCUUGUUGACACAGGUAGAACAGCACAUCUCAUUCAAAAAGCGGAGGAAAUGAAGUCUGGUUUGAAAGACCUAAAAUUCUUCCUGACAGAUGAGAAAACAAAGAUCAAAGAUGAUGACAGCCAGGGAGACAUUACAACAACCAGCAAUGUUUCAAGCCUUGUAAUGAAGCCUCACGGUGAAACCACUGGCCCCACCCUAGAAUGGGACCACUAUGACCUUAGAGAAGGGGCUUUAGAUGAUACUGCUGACUCAUCAGUCUAUGCCUCUCCCCUCGCCAGCAGCCCCCUGAGAAAGAACCUUUUCCGCUUUGGGGAAUCCACUGGUGGAUUCAGUUUCAGCUUCCAGCCUGGCAUUAGCCCCUCCAAAUCUCCUGCUAAGCUUAACCAGAGCAGAGCCUCAGUGGGCACUGAUGACGAGCAGGAUGUAACCCAGGAUGAGGAGAGAGAUGGCCAGUACUUUGAACCUGUGGUCCCCUUGCCUGAUCUGGUUGAAACUUCCACAGGGGAGGAAAAUGAACAGAUAGUCUUCAGUCACAGGGCCAAACUGUAUCGCUAUGACAAGGAGCAGAGUCAGUGGAAGGAGAGGGGUAUUGGAGACCUCAAGAUCUUGCAGAAUUUCGACACCAAACGAGUGAGGUUGAUAAUGAGGAGAGAUCAGGUACUCAAGAUCUGUGCUAACCACUGGAUCACAACGGCCAUGAAGCUUGAACCUAUGAAGGGCGCUGAGAAGGCCUGGGUCUGGAGUGCCUUGGACUUUGCUGAAGCCGGCGAAGGUAAUAUUGAGCAGUUGGCUGUUAGAUUCAAACUGCUGGACACUGCAAACACAUUUAAACAGGUCUUUGAAGAAGCCAAGGGUGCACAAGAAAGAGGGGAACUUGUGACCCCAGUUACAACCGGGGUUGCCACACCUCAAGACAGUGGACCUGCACAAUCAGGAAAUAGUGCUACAGCAGUGUGUGGGAAGGCAGCCAUUGCUGUUCUGGAAGAGACUACAAAGGAACGUACAGACCUUUCUCCCGACAGUAAGCCAUGUGCAGCUGGGUCUCAGAGUCCAGGCAACACCUCCAAGUCAGUGGUGUCGCCCCCUAAAUUUGUGUUUGGCUCUGAUAGCCUUCAGAAGAUUUUUGGCAGUCCAAAAUCUCACUCUGACACUGAUGACUGUGAAUCCGGGUUGAAGGCCAAAGAUUCUGGACGUCUUGCCAGGACUUCAUCUGCAGCACCUGCAUUCAAAAUCCCAGAGAAAGGAGAAGACAGUGCAAGGUCGGAUGAUGACUCUGACGUGGAGAUCGUCUAUGUCAGGGAACCCACUGCCGAACAGGCUGCUUUAGCCAGGAAACUUCUGCUGCCUCUCACCUUCUUCUGCUACCAGAAUGAACCAGGCUACACCAGCGAUGAUGAACCUGAUGAUGAGGACUAUGAGUCAGCAGUGAAAGCCUUAAAUGGAAAGCUCUACCCUGAUCCUCUGGAGAGAAAGGCAGCAGCAUCUGGUGGUGGUGAUGAGUCAGACUGCCAGGUGGUCUGGGAGAAGAAGCCGACGCCAGAGGAGGAGGAGAAGGCCAAAAGCCUCCAGCUUCCACCCACCUUCUUCUGUGGCCUGAGCACCACAGAUAGUGACCCAGAUCACGACAAAUCUGAAGACUUUGAGACAGAAGUCCGCAAGGCACAACAAGACCUGGAUGCUCAGUUAAACGAAGCUGAAAAGGUCUCCAGCAGCCCGGCUGAAGAGACAACAUCAGACCCAUCACCUAGCAGUGCGGAGGCUGCAGGAAGCACGUCUACACCAGAGGACCAGACCUCAGACCAGACUUCAGACCAGACCCCAGACCAGACUUCAGACCAGGCCUUAGACCAGACUUCAGACCAGCCAACAGACAUUCAGAAUGAAGCUCCUAGCAGUGUCUCUCCCAUUGACCUUUCGACUAAGAAGAGCCCAGAGCCAGAGUCAAACGCUGGGACUGCCACAGCUACUACUGCUACGACAGCAAGUCAAGACUCUAACUUUGGUUUCAACUCACUCGGAGGCUUCUCUUUUGCCGACUUGGCCAAUAAGACAGACGGAUUUGCCUUUGGAUCACAAGACUCCAACUUCUCCUGGGCAAACGCAGGAGCCACAGUAUUUGGGGCCGCAGUGUCUUCAGCACCAAAAAACAAUGGCGAUGAGGAGGGGAGUGAUGAAGAGGAAGCUCCUAAUAAUGUGGACAUUCACUUUGAGCCAAUAGUGUCACUACCAGAGGUGGAGACAAAGUCUGGAGAGGAGGAUGAGGAAAUCCUGUUUAAGGAGCGCGCCAAGCUGUACCGAUGGGACCGGGACCUCGGCCAGUGGAAGGAGCGUGGCAUCGGUGACCUCAAGAUCCUCUACCACCCAACCAAACAUUUCUACCGAAUCCUGAUGAGAAGAGAGCAGGUGCUGAGAGUUUGUGCCAACCACACAAUCUCACCGGCGAUGGAACUCAAACCCAUGAACGCCUCAGCUAACGCACUGCUCUGGACUGCCACCGACUACUCAGAUGGCGACGCCGCAGUGGAGCAGCUGGCAGCCAAGUUCAAAACCCCUGAGAUAGCCGAAUCCUUCAAGAAGACCUUCUGCGAGUGUCAGAGCCACAUUGGCCAAAGUAGCGACGAUGACUCAUGUAUCUCCACACCGCAGAUGUCUAGAGUUCAAGAGCACUCCAGAGACUCUAACCCAAAGGUGUUCCUCACAGUGGCAGCAGACGGCCAACCACUGGGCACAAUCACCAUAGAGCUUUUCUCCCAUAUUGUUCCUAAGACGGCGGAGAACUUCAGGGCUCUCUGCACUGGAGAGAAAGGCUUCGGGCUGCGGGACUCCAUCUUCCACAGGGUCAUACCGGACUUCAUGUGUCAGGCUGGUGACAUCACCAACAGUGACGGCACAGGAGGCAAAUCCAUCUAUGGCAGCAAGUUUGAGGACGAGAACUUUGACGUUAGGCACACGGGCCCGGGUAUACUGUCCAUGGCCAAUAGAGGGCGUGACACCAACAACUCGCAGUUCUUCAUCACCCUGAAGAAAGCCGAACACCUGGACUUCAAACACGUGGCUUUCGGCUGGGUGCGGGAAGGCAUGGAUGUAGUGCAACAGAUGGGGGAACUGGGCACAAAGGGAGGCGUGCCCGCAAAGAAGAUUGUCAUCACAGACUGCGGACAGCUCUAGACAUUUUACAGCUUGGUUUAGGUUAUAAAAUUCACAGUUUGGUUUAGGUUAUAAGAUUAAGGACUUUGGAUAAUGAUGUGUUCCCUGUGCAGUGCGUACCCUCCUGCUGAAACUGAAUCCAUAGUCAUUAAGCAUCUGAGAAUUUAACACUGAUCAUAGGACUACUGGUCAAGACCCUUCAUCACAGACACUUGACUCCGGUAGCUUGGGAUGAGAAGUUAUUUUGCUUUUCCUGUUGUGUAUUCUCAAAUGGGGAAACGUGUGUGUGAGGAGGCAUUUGGAGCAAACAUAGCGUACUUUUUGCUCUGUUGCACUUGUAUCUAAAUCAUUGUCAAUAAAUUCUCAUAAUUUGUUUAUUUUGUCUGUAUAAUUGUACAUGGACUACUUUUUUAAUGUUUGUUUUUUGUUCUUUUGUGUUGCAUGUGCUCAGUUUGAACAUGCUGGUCCUCUUCAUCCGCUCCACUUUGGGGAUUUAUUUUUUUUCUCCCCUUUUUCUGAAGAAGUCUUAAUCAUAAUGGAAAGAUGAGAUCCUUUGAAAGCACUCUGGUUUUGUAACAGCGCCCCUGCCUUCUCUCCAAAUGCUGCCACUGUGUACUUUUUACUGUAGGUGUCCCCCACUGAUUUUUUUCUUUGUGUAAGUGGAUUUCACAAUGUGCAGAUAAUUGGACUUCUUACUUUCCCACAUAGACUUGAGUCAUCUCACUGUGUUGCUCAGUGGAUGCAGGGUGGGUUGAUGGUGAAGACAUUAAUCUGGUUCAGGUUUUACAUAGACGAUCCAUUAUAGUUUGAGAUUAUCACAGUUUAAAGUUGAAAUGGUGCGUGUUGUACCAAAAUAAUAUGCUGAUAAAGGACAAAUAAAGUUGCUUUACAAGUAA